CGAAUUUAAUGGCUGUCCGGAAGUGACGCAAACAGGACUCGUGUAGUGGGCGUGAAUCCGAGUUUCUUUAAACCGUUGCAGAGUCUCUGGUGUGAAUUCACACAAUUGUUGUAUUCAAGAUGGUGAUGAAGUUGGUUUACUGGGAUAUUCGAGGGCUUGCUCAGCCCAUUCGCCUGCUGUUGGAGUACACCAGCACUGAAUGGGAGGAUAAAUUCUAUUCCUGUGGUGAAGCUCCCAAUUAUGAUAAAAGCUGCUGGUUCAAUGACAAAGCCAAGCUUAAAAUGGACUUUGCUAAUCUGCCCUACCUUGAGGAUGGAGAGAGGAAAAUUGUGCAAAGUAACGCCAUAAUGAGAUACAUUGCCCGCAAACACAACCUCUGUGGGGAGACUGAGGACGAGAAGGUCAGAGUGGAUAUCUUGGAGAAUCAGGCAAUGGACUUCCGCAAUGGAUUUGUCAUGCUCUGUUAUUUCGAUUUCGAUAACAAAAAGCAGGGCUACCUGGAUGCCCUGCCAGGAGUUCUGAAGCAAUUCUCUAAUUUUUUGGGAGAGAGGAAGUGGUUUGCUGGUGAUAAGAUCACAUUUGUGGACUUCAUCAUGUAUGAAUUGUUGGAUCAGCACCGUAUGUUUGAGCCCAAAUGCCUGGACAACUUCAAGAACCUCAGUGAUUUACUGGGCAGAUUUGAGGCACUUGAGAAGAUCUCAAACUACAUGAAAUCCAGCAGGUUCUUAAAAGCACCUGUAAACAACAAGAUGGCAAAGUGGGGAAACAAGAAGGAAUGAAAACAGUGGCACUUUUCUGCUGGUGGUACCUUUAUGGUACCGCUAAUGUAGAUGAUGAUGAUAAUGGAGUUUUUGCCGAGCAACGUUUUAAAUCACUUUAAAAAUGCAUUGGAAACAAUAUGAAUAAAAAUACAAGCAAAGCACUUAUUAGUUGUUUAAAGCAAAUACAGGUGUGACAUUUAAAAUUGUGAUUGUGUUUACUACACUUAAAGAGGGACACACUGUGCACCAUUCUUAUUUCCACUGAAUAAAAACUGGAAGAUUUUUGCUCAA